AUAUGGCUCCUGAAUCUGCAAAUGGUGGAGAACUCUCCAUCAAGUCAGACGUGUAUAGCUUUGGGGUCACCCUAUUGGAAAUCAUAAGUGGGCUAAGAAAUACUUUUGUUAUUCGCGUACUAAAGAAGAACGGUCUAACGGAUCAUGCAAGGAGUCUUUGGAACAGUGGAGAUGCCAUUGAACUAGUUGAUCCAUCUUUAGAGAGCAACUUUUCAAGCACUACAGUCAUAAGUUGUAUCCGAGCAGCACUAUUAUGUGUUCAAGAUAAUCCUUCAAGUAGGCCAACAAUGAACGGAGUCCUUGAUCUCAUUCUUCAUGACAACUCUGCCUCUAAUAUCGAAUAAAGUUUUGCUGGGUACUUCACCAGCAUCAUUCAACACAAAUACACAAGGCAAACACAUAAUAAAAGGGAAAGUUUUUGGAAGUCAAGAAAGUGAGCCAAGUUCGUUCUUUGUGCCUAGGGUGACACCCGCGCAGCAAGACAUAUAUUCAGUUAUUUACCAACCUUGUUACAAACAUGAUUACAUAUUGUUACAAACGACCUUGAGCACAAAGGAAAUUCUCAAAAUCACCCCAACAUUACAUACUCCGGUUUAAUUUCAAAAGGACUUUUAUGUAGGACAGUCGCAUUACCUUUCACAUUUCCUAAGAUAACCUUCAAACAUUACAAUUACAAUCAUUUAA